AUGACUACAGCACAUAGGCCUACCUUUGAUCCCGCCCGGGGCAAAGACGCCCUCCGUGGCCCGGCCUACCACCAACGCCUUCUUCCCGCCCACACCCAACUCAAGUUCAGACAGCCCGGCCAAGGCGGCGAUGCCGACGCCGACGAGCCCCGCGACCUGCGCGCCGAGCUGCUGGCUGCCGAAGCUGCCCACUUCGCCAAGAAGAACGGCACGCCCCUGCCCGAGCCCAGCAGCGAGGCCGAGUCUGGAGGCGCCACCUCAAAGCGGCCUCUGGAGCUCACGUCGCAGGCCGACGGCGAGGAGGACCCUGAAGCCAAGCGUCGGCGCAUAUUAGAGGAGACGCGGGAUAUAGACGCGGACUCGGAGGAGGACGACGAUGAUGGCAGCGACGACGACAGCGACGAUGAUAGUGAUGACGACGAGGCAGAGCUGCAGCGCGAGCUGGAGAGGAUCAGGGCCGAGAGGGCGGCAAAGCGGCAGAAGGAGGAGGAGGAGAAAGCCGCCAUGGAGCAGGAGGAGCGGGAGCGGGACAUCGCCCUCGGAAAUCCGCUGCUGAACAAGCAGAACUUCAACAUGAAGCGCCGGUGGGACGACGACGUGGUUUUCAAGAACCAGGCGAGGGGCACGGAAGAAAAGGGGAAGAAGAAGGAGUUUGUGAACGAUCUGCUGCGCUCCGACUUCCACAAACGAUUCAUGGGCAAAUACGUCAGAUAG